AUGAAGACAAUCGUCCUCUUGUCACUCUUGACUGUGUCCGUCUUUGCAUGUGACCUAACCAAGAUCAAGGACGGGAUGGCUUCGUGCGAUAGCCUCGGAAGUGCAGAUGCCAAGUGCAACGACAGGGCGUGCCACAAGGCCCUGCACUAUUUGGUCGACGAAGACACCAUCAAGUGCUACGUGUCAUUGGGUCUCGGGCCCGCCUCCGACUUGAACAAGUACGUUGACUUGGACAAGUACUGCCACGGCGAAGGUCCUCCUCCUACGAACCCCCCACCGGCAACAGCAUCGCCCCCGACCGCCCCCCCCACAGCGCCCCCCACCGCCCCUCCCACAGCGCCCCCCACCGCCCCUCCUACUGCACCCCCCACAGGACCCCCAAUAGCGCCACCCACAGUGCCGCCCACCGCAGCUCCAUCGACGUCGUCGGCACCUGCCCCUCCCCACCACAAGCGAGCCAUCCGCAGCUUCCACUUCCGCACCAUCCACAACUACGCCUUUGACGACCGCAACAGACCCAACUACUGA